AUGAAAAGAAUUUAAACAGAAAUUAAAUAUUAAGAAGAAUGUGUAAUUAAAGUAGCAGCAAGGUAAAAUAUUGAAAAAAAAGUAGAACUCUAGCAGGUUAAAAUAAUAAAAAGAAAUAGAAAAUUAAUUAAGAUAGUCUUGCUAUUAAAUAAAAUAUAGGUAAUUAAAAUGAUUAACAUCUUUUUGGUAUCUUUGAUGGACAUGGUUAAAGUGGACAUUUAGUAUCUUAAUUUGUAUCAAAAUAAUUACCAAAAGUAAUAGAAAAUUAGCUUGUAUAAAACUAUGUCAAUAAUCCUAAUUAAUUUUCUUAAUCAUUAUAAGUAGCAUAUAAACAAGUGGAAUAUGAUUUAGUAAUAUUUUAAUUUAAUUUAGGUAGAUAAAACAAAUAUUGAAUGUAAUUUUAGUGGUUCUACUGGAAUUGUUAUAUUGUUGAAAGGAUCUAGAAUAUAUUGUGCAAAUGUUGGAGAUUCAAGGGCUGUAUAUUUUUACAAAUCAGAAGAGCUUUGGUAUAAUAGACCAUUAUCUUAUGAUCAUAAACCUAAUAAGACAUUUGAACUAAAGAGGAUAAUAAGAUAUGGAGGUAGAGUUGAAUAAAGUUUAAUUGAUGGAAAAAGAUAAGGUGUUUAUAGAGUUUGGUUAACAAAUGAAGAUGUUCCAGGAUUGGCUAUGUCAAGAUCAUUUGGUGAUAUAGUAGCUAAAUCUGUUGGAGUUAUUGCUGAUCCCGAAAUUUUAAGAUAUAAAAUUUAAAACACAGGAUUUAUUUUAUUAGCUAGUGAUGGACUUUGGGAUAAAAUGGAUUUCGAUAAUAUAUAAAAAGUACUUGAUAAUCUUGAUCUUCCUUUUACUUAAUUAGAUAUCGAAUUGGCAGCCUAAAAAAUUUUAGGAGAAACAUACUCAAAAUGGGAAAAAUCAGAUAAUGGAAGAGAUGAUAUUACUCUUAUACUAAUACAUGUUUAAAUUUGA